AUGGGAAAAUGCCACUUAGGGCAGCGCCAUCACAUCUUCAUGUGCCAAGCUCAGGACUGGUACAAAGAGCACUUUGCCGAUGGCUUCUUGAAUAGCCGGGCCACGACAAAAGCCAACAUUAACCACGGCAGCAGCUUUGAUGAGAACCGGCGUGUGCUGGGUGGCUCUCUUCGUUCCAAGCACCGCUGGAGCAAUGUCAGCAGUCUCAGCGCCGACAGCGGCAUUGUGGGCGGGAACGAUGAGAGGGACAAUGCGGAUGCCAGCAGUGGAGGGGCGCCAAGGAUGAGAUCAACUGAGAUGGAGAGGGCAGACAGCGGCAUCAGCCAAGUGCUGACUAGGAAGUGGAGGAGAAGCCGAGCGUCUGAAAUGCUGACUUCCCUACAAGCGUGGGAAGCCUACCAGCCAUGCACCGACUGUGGGGGUAGAGAUUUCCCGGUGGAAACAGACGUUCAGAAUCAGAACAAGAGGCGGGCCAACCUCUGCGAGAAAUGCCUGAAAUGCCGGACAGAGCGGAAGGAGUCGGUGCUAGAGUUUGUUAAUACUGAAGCCAGUUAUGGGGAGGACCUGCGCAUCAUCAAAGAGGAAUUCUACCUCCCCAUGCAAGCAGCUGGCCUCCUUACACAGGACCAGCUGCUGGUGGUUUUUAGCAACAUUCAGGAGUUGAUUGACCUCAAUGAAAACUUUCUGGAGUACCUGCAGGAAGAAAUUGACCAAGCCUUUGAGCAGGGUGAUGAUGACCUGAUGACUGUGUGCAUUGGUGAAAUAUUCCUGGAGUUUGUCAACAUGCUGCCUGCUUUCCAGACCUAUUGUCUCCAGCAGUCCUCUUCGGUGAACAUGCUCAACGCAUUGGAGAAAGAGAAGGAGCUACUCAGGAUAUUCCUCAAUGUUUCUCAGAAUGACAACACAGUGCUUCGCCGCAUGAAUCUGCGGUCCUUCCUCAUGGCUCCCCUACAAAGAGUCACGAAAUACCCACUUCUGUUGAGCCGCGUCAUCAAAGCCACCAUUGAGUACCACCCCGAUCACAGCAGCCUAAGGGAAGCCAAGAGCCGCAUUGAGUCCCACCUGGAGCACAUUAACAUGAAGACUAAGCAGGAAGGAAACUCAUGGACUCUGCGUUCAUUCCGCCAGGACAGUAAGAAGAAUAGGGAAGUGAUAAACAUUGAAAUGAGGGAAACUGCCAUCAAGACUGUGGGCUGGUUACGAGAAGAAACCCGCUUUGUUAUGGAAGGACCGCUGCAGCUAGCCCAGCCGCCUGAUGGACAGUGGGUGAAAAAGGGCAGCAAGACCUUGAAAUUCCAGAGCAUGCAAGUGCUCCUCGUGGUCAACAUCAGACGUGCAUCCGAGUCUAGCUUUGAGCCUGGGGAGCCAGGGCCUGUAAAAGAUGCGGUGCUGGUGGUUAUUAGGGACAAAAACAAUGGGAAGUUUAGUUUGCUCAGGGAACCCUUGAGACUCAGUAAUUGUGUGGUCUCUGUGGAUCCUGACUGUGAUGAUACAUUUGAACUUAUUGAAAUCCGGCGGGAAUCCUUUGUGUUCCGAGAUGGAGACAAAGCCCGGACUCACCACUGGUUUAGACAGAUACGGAGGUACUCACGGGAGCUGGGAUCCUGGAAGAAGCGUCGUAAUGCCCUACCCAACAUCAUGAUAAGUGCAUCCCACAAUAGAUCUUAA